GACCAAUUUCUCUGGGGCUUCUGCUGCCGUGCUCGGCAGUCGUUCCCAGGUCCUCCGUCCUGCUACCGUCCAGCCAUGGAGCUGUGGCAGAUACCGCUGCUCUUCUCGCGCCUGCCCAUGUUCCCCUUCUUCGACCUGGCGCAUUAUGUGGCCUCCGUCAUGGCGCUGAAGGAGCAGCGGGGAGCUGUGGAAGUGUCAGUCCGAAGUCCAGUUGCCUGCUGGUUUAGUGCUAUGCUUUAUUGCUUUGGUGGGUCAGUUUUGUCUUCGCUGAUGCUUGCAGAACCUCCAGUAGCAUUUCUGGCAAAUGGCACAAAUAUUCUACUGGCAUCUUCAGUCUGGUACCUUGUGUUUUACUGCCCACAAGACAUAUUCUGUCAGUGUUUUGCCUUUCUGCCUCUUCGGCUUUUGGUUGCAGGAAUGAAAGAAGUGACUAGAACGUGGAAGAUAACAGCUGGCGUUGCACAUGCAAACAGUCACUUCAAAGAUGCCUGGCUUGUCAUGGUGGCUGUGGGCUGGGCCAGAGGAGCUGGUGGUGGCCUAAUUUCCAACUUUGAGCAGCUGGUGAGAGGAGUGUGGAAACCUGAAACCAAUGAACUACUGAAGAUGUCCUACCCUGUGAAGGUAACAUUGAUAGGAGCAGUUCUUUUCAGCCUGCAGCACAGCCAGUAUUUGCCAAUAGCAAGAUACAACCUCAUGUUUUUAUACACCGUCUUUCUUGUUGUCUCCAAGGUAACAAUGAUGUUGACAGGAUCUGCAACCUCUCCGUUUCCUCCCUUUGAGGCUGCUUUAGGCUCUGUGUUCUUUGGCUUGCCAAAGACACCAUCCAAAGUGAAGGGUGAAGGUGCUGCAUCUUCCAAUGGCUCUUCAAUCUGUGACCGCUCCUCCUCUGAACAGCACCGUGACAGUGCUAAGAAAAGACAGGCAAAGAAAACAGAAUAAGAGGCUUUAAGUGCUUUGAAGAUGUUUGUAUUUCAGAUUGGGCUGGCUGAGAAAUGUGUUUAAAGACUGUGAGGAGAAAACAGGGCUGUAUACGACUGUGUUGUUGUUUGCCUUCAGAGUGUGUGUCAUAAACUGCUGUUUGGAUGUCUAAAUGCACACAUUGGAUUUAUAAGUUUAAAACUAUCUAUUUUUGUAGUGGUUAUAAGCUAACAAUUUUUUGCAUUUGUGAUCACUUUUAAAAUUCUUUAAGAUAGUUUCAAAAUGUGGCAAUCGUCUGUGUUAGUUUGACACAUCAUUUGUUUCAGUUCUUCCCCCCUUCUUCUUACAUGUCAUUUGGAUAGCACGGAUUUGCACUGCCAAGCAUUCACAGGAGCAUGGUGCAAAUAAGGAAGUCAUCAUCUGAGCAAAGCUUAAUCACACUGCACUGUAAAACCAAGAAAAUGUACCAAACUAAUGCCUUGAGCUAGAAAAAUAACUGAAUUACUUCUGUAAUUCACAUUACACUGGUCUAGAUUUCCUUUGCUUAUCUAACUAAAUAUUUUUAGUGUAUUUUUCUAAUUUUUUUUUUAAUAAGAGUGAAUUAUUUGGUACUUAACAAAAAAAAUCUUUACAGUUAGCAAGUAGAGACAUUUCAGUAUUUUCACUGUUGGCUUACUUUUGGCACUUCAUUUGCAAGCAUUUGAUAUGUAGCUAUCGUUUUUCAUUACAGAGGGGAUUUAUGUGUGGCUUGUGGUUGAUGCCUACCUGCACUUUUAUCCAGUUGUUUGUGUUUUAUCCUUUCCAGAGCCAAAGGCCAAUUUCAAAAAGAGCACUGGACAGCAUAUUUACCUUGUUUCUCUUGAGCUCAGUGCUGUUGUGCCUGCACUCAUUUGUAGCAAUUACUUCUUGUGAUACUGGGGAAGAAGCCUGGUGUCCCUGGCAGAAUUUUGGCUUUUUUCAUCAUGGAUUGAUUUACAGGAUACCUGUUCUGCUGUUGACAAAUAGGGUACACCUCUCUUGAAGGGGGAGAAGGAUUUUUACACUGGAGCUGGCAGGCCUCAAUUAAAUAUUUUUAAACUAGAUUUGAAGAGGGAAAGGGAUAAAAUUAGGCUUAGUAGAGAUAAGACUGGGGGUGACAUGCUAGUGUUUGAGGGAUGAUGUCCAGCAGGGUACUUUGGUCUGCUGUCUCCGUGGAGGUAGGGCAUGGAUGUCCGUGCAUCAGCAAAGACCCGAGGGCUAUUGAUGUGUUAAAAGCCUUAUAAGUGCCUGAGAAUGGCUAUGUAGUAAUUAGGACUUCUCCCUCAAAAGAUGGCAGGAUCAGUAUACCAACUGAAGUGCAUCUACAGCAAUGCGUGCAACAUGGGCAGCAAACAGGAGGAGCUCGAAGCCAUUGUGCAUUGGGAAAAGUGUGAUACAGUUGCAGUCACAGAUAUAUGGUGGGAUGACUUGCACAACUGAAGUGCUGCAGUGGAUGGUUAUAAGCACUUCAGAAAGGACAGGCAAGGAGCAGAGGUGAUGAGGUAGCCCUAUAUGUUGGGGAGUGUGAAGAGCUUGACAGCAGUGGUGAUAGGAUUAUUUUUGGGAAAGAAUCCAGGGGAAGACUAAUAAGGCAGAUACCACGGUGGGAGUCUGUUACAGACCACCCAACCAGGAUAAAGUGACAAAUGAAAGAUGCUGUAAGCAUCUGGUAGAGUUUACUGUUAGCUUUUGUACUUGUGGAGGACUUCAACUUGCCAGGUAUCAGCUGGAAAUAGAAUACAGCAGAGAGGAAACAGUCUGGGAGGUUUUUGCAGUGUGAGGAAGAUAACUUCCUGACACAACUGGUGAGUGAGCCAGCUAGGGAAGGCACCCUGCUGGAUUAUUGUUUGGGAACAGAGAGAAAGGACUUGUAGGUGUUGUGGUGGUUGGAGCCCAUCUUGGGCACAGCGAUCAUGAAAUUACUUUUGGAUUUUUUGAGAAGUAAGGAGAGGUAUUAGUAGAAUUGCUACCUUGAAUUUUCAGAGGGCAGAAUUCUGCACGUUUAGGAGACUGGUUGACAGAGUCUCUUGGGAAGUAGUCCUGAAGAGCAAAGGAGUCCUGGGAGACUGGAUAUUGUUCAAGGAGGAAGUCUUUUUAGUCACAGAAAUGGGCUAUCCUGGCGUGCUGUAAGAUGAGCUGGCAGAAAAAAGGUCAGCCUGGCUGAAUGAAGCAUUUUUGCUAGAACUCAAGGGGAAAAAAAGAGAAUUUAUGACCUUUGGAUGAAGCAGGCCACUCAGGAGGACUGUAAGAAUGUCAUGAGUUUAUGCAUGGAGAAAAUUUAAACAGCUGAAGCCCAACUGGAACUUAAUCGGGCAACUUCUGUAAAAGGUGUUUCUAGAAAUUCACUAUCAGGAAAAGGAAAACUAAGGAGAAUCUUAAUCAUCCUGUGUUGGAUGUGAGGGGAAACAUAGUGACAAAGGAUAAGACUCAGGUAUUAAUGGCUCCUUUGCCUCAGUCUUCAAUGCUAAGACCAGUUGUUCUCUAGGUACUCAGCCCCCAGAGGUGGAAGACAGAGGCAGGGAGCAGAACAAACCCUCCAUAAUCCAAUGGGAACUGGUUCAUGUCUUGCUACACCACUUGACACACACAGAGUCUGUGAGGCUGGAUAGAAUCACAGAAGGUUAGGGGCUUGAAGGGACCCUGAAGGAUCAUACAGGAACACAUCACUAGAUCAUGCAGAUCAUGCAACCAGAUGGGUCUUGAAUAUCUUCAGAGAAGGAGACUUCACAGCCUCCCUGGUUAGCUUGUUUCAGUGUUCCAUCACCCUCACAGUGAAAUAACUCUCAUGUUUCCAUGGAACUUAUUAUGCCUCAACUUCCACCCAUUGCCCCUUGUCCUGCCAUUGGGCAUCACCAAGAGCCUGACUCCAUCCUCUUGGCACGUGCCCAUUACAUAUAAAUAUGAGUGAGGUCACCCCUCAGUCUCUUCUCCAAGCUCAAAAGCCCCAGCUCCCUCAGUCUCUCCUCUUAAGAGAGAUGUUCCACUCCAUCAUUUCCGUGGCUCUGUGCUGGACUCAAGAGUUUCUCUGAGGUCUUUCUUGAGGGGCUCAGAACUGGACACAAUAUUCCAGAUGUGGCCUCACCAGGGCAGAGUAGAGGAGAAUUUCCCUUGACCUACUAACACAGCCAUUCUAAUACACCCCAGGAUAGCACUGGCCUUCUUGGCCACCAGAGCACAUUGCAGGCUUGUGGUCAACCUUCCAUAUAACAGGACCCUGAAGUCCCUCUCCCCUUCCCUGCUCUCCAAUGGAUCAGUCCUCAGCCUAUACUGAUACCUGGGGUUCUUCUUUCCCAGGUGCAAGGCCCUUGUUGAACUUCAUUCAGUUUCUCCCUGCCCAGCUCUCCACCCUGUUUAAGUCUCAUGAAUGGCAGCGUAAACUUGCUGACAGUGCACUCUGCCCUUGUCUGGGUCAUUGAUGAAUAGAGUGGACAGUACUUGUCCCAGUACUGUCCCCCGAGAGACUCCACUAGCUACAGGCCUACAACUAGACUCUGUCCUAUUGAGCACAAUUCUCCAACUUCUUCCCUUCAGCCAGUUCCCCAGUCCACCUCACUACCUGGUCAUCCAGACCACACUGUCACAGUUUAGGCAGAAGGAUGCAGUGGGAGACAAUGUCAUAUGCUUUACUGAAAUGGAGAUAAACCACAUCUACUGCUCUGCUGUCAUCUACCUGAUUAUGCCCUCAUAAAAGGCUAUCAGGUUGGUCAAACAUGACUUCCCCUUGGUAAAACUAUGUUGGCUGCUCCUAGUGACCCUCUUGUCCUUGAUAUGCCUAAGGACAGCACCAAGGAUAAGUUGCUCCAUCACCUUUCCCGAGAUGGAUGUGAGACUGACUGGUCUGUAGUUACCUGGGCCCUCCUUCUUAACCUUUUUUGAUGACUGGAGUGACCUUUGCCUUCCUCCAGUCCCCAGGCACCUCUCCUGUUUGCCAUGACUUACCAAAGAGGGUGGAAAGUGAUCUGGCAAUGACCUCCACCAGCUCCCUCAGCAUCUAUGGGUGCAUGACAUCAAGACCCAUGGAGUUAUGGAUGUCCAGAUUACUUAGCUGUUCUCUAACCCAGUCCUUGUCAACCAAGGAAAACUCCUUUGUUAUGUCUUUCACCGAGGCCUCAGGAGUUGGUUGCUCCUGAGGACAGUCUCCAGCAGUAUAGGAGGAGACAAGGCAUUCAGUAACUCUGCCUUUUUUGUAUCCUCUGUCACCAAUGCACCCACCUCAUUCACCAGUGGGCCUACAUUGCCUCUUGUGUUAGUUUUUCCUGCAGUGUAUUGGAAGAAGCCUUUUCUGUUGUCCUUGGCCUUCCUAGUUGCCUCCCUGCAUCCUCUGACAACUGCUCUAUACUCCUCCCAGGAGUAGGAUCUGCUUCAUACAGGUAUUUGAUAUAGGAUCCACUCGAUACAGGAUAGGUACUUGAAUGAGCCAUUUUCCAUCAUUCCCCAGCAUUCCUGGCUAACCACAUAGGUCCCUGUUGACUGGUAUGUGACACCCAUCUAUCUACAAGAGUGGCCAGAAGGACAGUCUGGGGAAGUACAAGCUUGUCAGUGUGACCUUGGUCCCAGAGAAGGUUAUUGAGCAGAUCAUCCUGAGUGCCAUUGUGCAGCAUGUGCAAGGCAACCAGAAGAUCAGGCCCAGUCAGCAUGGUUUUUAUGAAAAUCAAGUCCUGCUUGACAAACCUGAUCUCUGUCUAUAGUAAGGUGACCUGCUUGGUGGAUGAGGGAAUGGCUAUAGAUGUUGUCUAACUAGACAUCAGUAAACGCUUUGAUACUGUUCCCUGCAGCAUCCUCCUGGAGAAACUGGUCCGUCAUGAUUUGGGCAAGUGCACUCUGCUGUGUAAAAAACUGUCUGACUGGCCAGUUCUCCCAAGCACCAAGUAAGGGGAUAAAAGGAAAUAACCUCAAGUUGUGCCAGGGGAGAUUCACGUUGGGUAUUGGGAAAAAGCAUUGUCAAGCAUUGAAUCACCAUCCCUGGAGAUACUCAUAAGAUGUGUAGAUAUGGUGCUUAGGGACAUGUGAACUUGAUAGUGCUAACUAUGUGGUUGGAUUAAAUGAUCUUCAAGGUCUUUUCCAACCUGAAUGAUUCUGUGAUUUUGUAGUAUCAGAAGUGUUGAACCUGUUUGCAGAAAUUUGAUGCUUCCUGCUCACUGCAUCUGUUUUGCAUAUGCUUCAGAACUGAGAUGUUUGAUGUUUUAGAGAUGUUACAUUUCAUAAGAACAGAAUCUUUUCAGAGGAAUCUUUCAUCAAUGUGCCAAUUUUUAGAAUAAACUAAACUAUUUUUACAGAAUUAGAUUAUCAGAGGUUACUGCUUUGAAGAGUAUUCUUCAGCAAGAAGAGGUAGGUUCAUCAGGUUCAUCUUUGUGGAGGGAUGCCAAGGAGAAUGUGGAGGAAGGUCUCAUUUGAAAAGACAGAGUUCUAGUUCCAACUACAUACACAAAGUCAAGAAAACUAUCACCAGUGUUGUGCUUAAAGAAAGGGAAAAAAGAACCUAAUAAAUUCCUUGUGCCUGUCUAGUCAUAUUCCUAUGUUAGUGACCAAAGCCACUGAACUUCUCAGUUUGGAAUCCAAUUUUAUAAUAAACGUGCUGUCCCUUGAAAACUGAAAUGACUACUUUCUUCAGUAGAGAAUAAUAUUAAAGAGAGAGAAAGAGAGAAAGAAAGAAAGAAAGAAAGAAAGAAAAGAAAGGAAAAAAAGAAAGAAAAUGAAAAGAGAAAAAAAAAAGAACAAACCUACCUCCAACUCUUGGGACAAAAUAGCAAACAUAUGACUGAAAUUUUACACUGAAAUUUGGCAUGCAGUGUUAAAUGAUGUGAAUAUUCACUUGCAGAGUGCCUGUGUUUUGUAGCUUGGUGUUAUGGAUGUAUGAAUAAACUUGAAGCUGUCAACUAACUACUUUAAUGAUAGUGGUUAAAGCCUCAGCUACUGGCUGAGUUCCAAAAGAAUUCUGCCCACACAAGCAAGCCUCCCAUACACAGACUGGGAGUAAAAGUAACGAAAAAAGGCCUGUGGGUUGAUAUAAGGAGAGUUGAAUGGACUAAUACAAUGUCCAAUUAAGUGUGAAUGAGCAACCAAGCCAAUGCAGCAAAAGCAAUCAGCAAACAAACCAGCAAGUGGAAAUGGGCAGCAUCCAAGCCAUAAACCAGCAAAGUGGGAGAGACCAAUGCUCUAAGCCAGAAGCUGGAAGAAGACCCCAAGGACAGGAAGCAUCCUGUGUUACAAUUCAAACGGCAAGCCCCAUCAUCCUUUGACUUUGGCUGGCAUGGCAUCAUCAGGUAUGAUCACAGGAUCACAGGAUGUUAGGGACUGGAAGAGACCCAAGGAGAUCAUCGAGUUCAACCCCCCUGCCAAAGCAGGACAAUACUAUCUGACACAGAUCACAGAGGAAAACAUUCAGACAAGCCUUGAAAGUCUCCAUAAAAGGAGAUCCUAUAACUGCUCUGGGGAGCCUGUUCCAGUGCUCUGUGACCCCUACAGUAAAAAAGUUCCCCCUUGUGUUGAGGCAGAACCUCUUUUGCUGCAACGUACACCUAUUGCUCCUUGUCCUGUCACAGGGAGCAAGUUAGAAGAUCCUGUCUCCCCACUCCUGACCAGCCCUCAGAUAUUUGUAAACAUUUAUCAAAUUCUCUUUAAGUCUUCUCUUUUCCAUACAAAAAAGUCCCAAGCCUCUCAGCCUCUCCUCAUAAGACAUGCCCUCCAGUCCCCUAAUGAUGAUCAUGAUAUUCAUCAUCAGGCAUGAUAUCAGCAUGGUAUCAAAUAUUUGUCAGCUGAUUCAACAGGCUGCCCUGACUGGUUUCCCAGCCAAACCCAGGACAACGAUGAACUAGUUAUCCAGCAACACCAUCAAAAGUUGUAUGUCCACAGUUUCUAAUUCUGAAUGCUUUUUAAAGAGGUGUAAUUAUGUAUAGCAGGUCACAAGGACCAUACAGAACUGGAUUGUGGUAAGAACUUCAUUGCACAACUGUGAAAUACUGGCUGAUAACUAACUACUCGUAGCCCGAAUAAACGUGAAGGUACACAUAUACUGGUUCUUUAAAAGGUUUACAAUUUGAAGGAAAGUUACAAACUUAGGUGUGUAUUAAUUUUGUACUUAAAGAUGACAGUAAUAGAAAAAAGUAGAUUUUGACUGAAUACCUCAAGAGAAACACAUGUCACACUAAUGGAUGUUGUUUUGAAACAGAACGUAAGUUAUGCUGAAAAAUCCUGCUCUAACCCCCAUGAAAACAAACCACGCUUCAAGAUUUCACAGGCUUCUGAAGGAUGGGUAUUCAGAAGAAAGCCAUACUGAGUAGUUACCUGAAAGUUUUCUGAGAACUAUUUUUUUUAAUAAAAAAAGUCUGUGAUGCCUUAAAUAAACAAUUAUUUCCUAGCUUUCA